UAUAAGUUUGUGUAACACGGCUAACUGCUAACACCAGCGAUGCAUUCCAAGCUUCAGCAUCGCCUUUUACGACUCUUCCUUUACCUUUCGCUUCUGCUUUGCUUCGAUCUCCCAGUGACUUCCCCAUCUUGUUUAUCAUCUCCCUCGUCAUUAUCGUCUUCAUCAUCCUGAACAACGGUUCCAUCAGGGAUUCAGGAUUGAUUUUCUGCUCUCAACGGGUUCAUCAGGACUAAACCAAUUUUGAAUGUCCUUUUAAGUUUGUCUCAUGUACAUCUAGAACUAGGUCUCAGCUAGAAGAACUAAAUAGUGGAGGGUGGUGAAUCUAUCCAUCUUAAAUUCUUCUCGUCGAUCAUGGAGAAUGGUAUUCCGGAUUCUCAGAACCCUAAACCUAAACCUCGACCCAUUGUCCGUAUCGGCAUCUUCUUAAUUUCUCAUAAUGUCUUCUUUAGUGUUAUAUGCUGUAUUGGAGGGAUCUUAGCUCUCUUUUUGCUACCUCUAAUGGCUAAAAAUAGUUACAUUUCUGAAAAUGCUCUAAUGCCAGGUUCUGCAAAUCCCAUGUUCUCUCGUUAUGAUACAAUGGAAGCUAAUAAGCUGGUUAAGGAUAUAAUGUCCAUGUCCUUAAAGCCAGAAGAAACUGGAAUAGAAAUUGCGAGAUUGCUCACACAAAGAAUGGAAGAAUCAGGUGUUGAAGUUUAUCACCACAGAUUUCAUGAGAAAAUUAGUCAAUUUCGUAUCCUCCACUUUUUCUCAGAUACCCCUUAUACAGGGUUGUUGCUUCAAAAUACUAGUGCCAUACAUGGAAUAAACACUGUUGGUAUCAUAAGAGCACCACGCGGUGACGGAAAAGAAGCAAUAGUAUUUGUGACGCCUUACAAUUCAACAAAGAUUGAGUUAAGUGAGGCUCUGUCGAUAGGUCUUGCAUACUCAGUAUUUUCCCUACUUGGCCGUGUCACCUGGCUAGCAAAGGAUAUUGUUUGGCUGGCUGCAGACUCACGAUAUGGGGAGUAUACAUCUGUUUCUGCUUGGCUUCGAGAUUAUCACACUCCAGUAUUUAAUGGGCCAGAAAGCAAAGAGAAUCCUACCACAGGGGCUGGAAACACUGAUGUCUUUAGACGUGCUGGUACUAUGGCCGCAGCACUUGUCAUAAAAGUCGUGGAGAAACAUGAAGAAACUGAGAAGGAUACACUUUGUAUAUACGCUGAGGCAUCUAACGGGCAGAUGCCAAACCUAGAUCUCAUCAAUACAGUGCAUUAUUUGGCAGUACAUACACAAGGUCUGCGUGUAAAGGUAGAGAAAGUAUAUUGCCUGCUCAACUUAGCAUGGCUCCAAGUUAUGGGUCAGAUUCUCGAGUCAGUUAGCAAAGUGGCUAAAGGCUUAAAUUCACAGUGGAAGUUUGGUAUGCCGGCUGCAGAAUACGUGGACGGCACAGCUACACUUGCUAGUUCAUUAUAUUAUCAAGCCAUAGGGGUACCGACUGGGUCACAUGGUGCUUUUCGUGAUUACCAAGUUGAUGCAGUUACUUUAGAGAUAUCACCCAGAGGUUUUCUAAAUAACGAAGGCAGACGGACGGAGUUUCUUCUAAGGGGUGGCAGGUUGAUGGAAAGUGUAGUCCGUUCAGUGAACAAUCUUCUUGAAAAGUUUCACCAAUCUUUUUUCCUCUACCUCAUGACAUCUCCCAGUAAAUUCGUCUCAGUUGGAGUCUACAUGAUUGCAUUUUUAUUGCUCCUUGUGCCACUUCCUAUAGCUGCAGCAGCUCUGUAUUCUGGUGCUAAAAAUCUGGGUUCGAAUCUGACAAAAGAAAACCAAGUACCUGCUUUUUCCUCUACCGCAAAGCCUGGAGUUCUAAAAUCAUGGAGAUGGUUGCAUGCUGCAAAAGUGGUAUUUAUAAUCCACUUAUGGGCUACAAUAGUUUCAUUACUUCCAUCCUUGAUCAAUCACAUUCCUGAGAUGACCCCGACGAACAACAUGUUUAUCUGGGCCUCCUCCUCCAUUUUCAUCCUUCUUAUCCUCUACUCGAUGUUGGGUUCUCCUUAUUCAUACCCUACUACUUCUGGAUGUCAAAACAGUGAAUGGGCUACUCUGAAGUCUGUGAUGAUCGCAGUUGCUUCAAUUGGUUUAGGUCUAAUGUCUAUCAUCAACUAUGCUACAGCUCAAAUCGGGGCUAUCAUAUUGGUCCCCAUGUGUUUACUAGUUCAUCCUUUAAAGCUCACAGGUAGAUCAGGGAACUCAAAAGCAUUCUCGUUGAUAGCUUUUAACUUAGUGGUGGCAAUGAUUGGGUUUCCUCCGGCAGGGUUAGCCUUAAUCAAGGGUUGGUCAGAAGGGUUUGGUGCAGUGAAUGUAGGUGAUUUCUGGAUUUGGGCAGAGUCUUUAUGGGCAUGGAACAGUGCCACUUACCUCUAUGUGGUAUUGAUCCAUUUUCCUUGUUGGGUAUUAUGCAUGCAUAUUUUAUUGCAUCCAUGUUAAUACUAAUCUGUUGUAAAAUCUCCAUUAACGACACCGUAGUGGGUGUUUUUUUUUUUUCCUCAAGUGAAGUUCAGUAUCUUUAGAUUCUUCCGAUUUUGUUUGCAAAAAAUAUUCAGUUCUGUGAAGCCUGGUUUAGGAAUCACUCUGUUAUUCCACAUCAAAAUUCUGCUUA